AUGCGGCUAGGAACAACCCAGGACGUCGAUUGGGUCAAGCGCUAUGCCGAAAAUGCGGUGGACCUUGUUCCCCAGCUACUGGACAAAGUUGAUUCAGGCACUGUGCAGGGUGACCCUCAUGCAACCCCGAGAAAUAACGACCCUCUCCACGGUUCUAUAACAUUCGGGAAGGGGGAUUCCCGUGUUACAUCUGCGCAUGUGUACCCCGAUGGAACGGUGGUCUUUUCGAAGGCUAUGUAUGGUCGAGUGAAGCUUCCGCGGAUUCCUGGGGCCCCCGAAGGCUCUGGCCCUACUCAGUGA